AUGGAUAUUAAAUACCUGGUCCUCUUUUAUCUAAUUGGCAUAUUGCAUCUGCUUAGUUUCUGUGAAGCGAUUCCAAAAUUUGAAAACAAACCAAAGGCGUACACAGAGAAUUCGCAAUGGAAUCGAGCAUAUCAAAACGAAAACAAAACUCAGUUGAAGGAGCUGGAAACAGCAUCAACCAAGGAUAGAUUAGAGAGACUGGGAUACACUACUGGAUAUGGUUCAUUAAACGGUUACCCGAGUAGCACAGGACUUUCUGCGUACAAUCCCAUUAAACUGGAUCUAGGUGGAGUCGUUUUGGGCACCCUCGUUGGCAUUGGGGCCAUCAUCCUCAUCCCCAAAAUACUGUCUGCCUUUCAUGGUGGUUAUGGAGGCUAUGGGCGCAGCGAGGACGAGAAUGACUUAGCGUCCCUGAGCAGCAUGAUAAACAAAAUUGACAAUGUGCUCGGCCAAAACAACAUCGAUUCAACAAGUUGCAUGCAACGCGCCGUUUGCGGCUAUGUUCGUUCCACCGAGACCAAUAUAAAGACCGGAGUAUCGGAUCAGAUGGAUGAAUUUAUUCACAUGCUAUCUGGAAAUUCGCUUGUGGACUAUCUAUUGGACGGUACUGCAAUCAAAGAAGCAUUGGAGCAUGGAAAGGAAAUAAAUGACAAACCUUGCGAAGAACUUUACGUUUCCUGUCCAUUGGAUAGUAAAUCGGCCACUAAUGUUCUUAUGAAAUUAUUGCCCAAGAAGCAUAAGCAAGCUAAGUUAAAGCCGACAGGAUCUAAUACAGAAUCAUAA